CCCGGCGCGGCCCCCAUGGCGCUGCGCGCGCUCCCGUCCCGCGCGCGCUGCCUGGCGCUCCUGGCGGCGCCGCGCCCCCCCCCACCCCGCGCGCCCUCCGCGCCGCGCCCCCGUCCCGCCGCGCGCCUGUGGAGCGACGCGGGGCAGCGGCCGCAGGGCCAGGAGCCGCCGCGGCGGGUGGUAGUGGUGAGGCUCGGCAGCCCCCUCGCCUGGCUCCGCACCCGCUUCUGCCAUCUCCUCAUCCGCCUCUACUUCGACCGAGAGUUCAGCGUCGAGGAGUUCACGCGCGGCGCCAAGCAGGCCUUUUCUGUUGUUUCAAAGCUGCUGUCUCAGCGCAAACUUGACCUCCUGGAAGAACUUGUGUCAGCAGAGGUACUUCAGGUGCUGAAGGAAAAGAUUUCUUUGCUCCCUGACAGCUACAGGGAUGCUUUAGCAGCUGACAUUGAUGCAAUCAUGUACACAACAGAAGGAGAUGUUCGCAUUUACUAUGAUGAUGAUGGAAGGAAGUUUGUUAGUAUCCUGAUGCGUUUCUGGUAUCUGAAUGGUGCUGACCUACCUGAUGAAGUACCAGGUGAAACCAAAGUUUUCCAGAUUAUGUUUGGAGAUGAAAGCACAAAAGAGAAAAGACAUCUUUUAACAGCAAACUAUGAAUUCCAAAGGGAGUUUACGGAAGGAGCAAAACCAGACUGGACAAUUACACGGAUUGAACAUCCAAGGCUAUUAGAAUAAAGACCUUCUACAGUCUUUUUAUGUACCGUUCUAAAUGUUCUGAUGUACAAAUAUCAGGCUAUUUUGAUCUGUUUUCUCCCUUCCUGCCUUCUCCUCCAAAAGACGGAUUAAUUUUGUAAGUUUGGUUUUCCCAGAUUUUUUUCUGAAACUUAGAUUAUGCUGCAACAUUACAAUAAAACUGUUUCCCUGGAGCAAGCUAGUGCAAGUUUAAUUAGUACUAAUGCUUAUGCAACGCAUUUUGACAACAAAGUUUCAUGCAGGCCGAUGUUAUGGGUAUGUCGACUUUCUUACAUUCUGAGAAGAAAUGGUACUGCUUGAAGAUAAAUAUCACUUUCAUGACUUCUGAGUUAUUUUCAUGUGUUUCUCUUUUCUAUAGGGACUGUACAAUAUAGAACAAUAAUAUGCAACAUGAAAUAGAGGUAGAUGGACAUCUUAGAUUGUCUAGGCUUGGCAGUUCAUUUUGAGGUGAUCUUGCUUUUGCAUAUAUUGGAGAUUAAGAGCCAUUAUCAGUAUUUGGUACAGGAUUGGAGUAUGAAAAAACUUUUAGCAUUGCACUGGGAAAAUGGAUCAAAGACAUCUCUAUAUUUUGAAAAAUAAAACCAGCAUUCAUUUCAAUUUAAAAAACUAGAAGCAAUUCCAAGUGCAGAGGUUUAUGAAAGAAAAAUCAGUCUAAACCAUGAAUUUAAGAGGACCUGACGAUGAUACUAAAUGAAGGCCUCUGUUUGAAAUGCUAGUUGAAGAAAUAAGCGAAUCAUUAAAAUUGGAUGUUGCAAAUUAACGAUUUCCCAUUUCUCUCUGCGGAACAUGAGAUCCCUGCUGUAAGUAGCUUUAUAUUUUUAUAUACAGAUCCAUCAGGAAAUCAUUAUAACUGUUUUUUUCUUAUCCCCCAUCUCAACUUUAAAGAUAAACUUAACUUUCUACCCAGGCAUGCUGUAGAAAUUCCUGCAGUGUUUUCAAAAUGUAAAAUAAGUGUAAUUACUGUGAUUCACAGUAGUUGUGAUUGAAAAGUAUGUUAAAUUUUCUGUAGUUCAGCUCUUUUGAUGCAGUGGUUUAAUCAGAAGAAUGUUUGACGCUUGACAACAAGUUUUUGUGUCAAAUCUUGGCAAAGUAGUUACUGUAUUUUGCAUUGCCUUAGCAGCAACAGCCUGGCCUUAUAGAAGAGAAUUUGCGAUUUAUCCUCUGGACAAAGUUGAGCCAUGAUAGAGCACCUUGUCUUCAGGGGAGAAACAAAAUCUGGUAUUUAAAAUUAUUUAUAACAGUUUUGUAUACAGUCAGUCUGAAAAAGUUUGAGGCAAAACAAAAAACAUUUAUUAAUCUGUAGGAGAUGUGCUGGAGUGAUGCUCAAUAGUACCAUGGCCAGUUUAGCCACUGAGUGAUGUGCUCAAGAAACUGCAAUCAGCUAUAUUUAAUGUAGGGCAGGAGAAACAAGCAAAACACCAGUGAAGUGUGCAGAUACACGUAGAAGUCAUGGAGCGAAAGAGAGCAAAAGCCAAUGAAGCCAUGUUUAUAUUCGGGAGUAACUGCUUUCUCAUUAAAGUAACGGAGGUCUAUCUAGAAAUGCUGGUAUAUCUUUAUUUGUAAUUUGGGCUAUUUUAGUGUAGUCUUUGAUUGGAUACACCAAAAAGGGAGUCUCUGUCAUGGCUGAUGAUGGGUUGCCCUUUUACUGGUGAGUGCUUCAUUUUUGGAAGUGAAGGCAGAGUAGUCCCUUCUGUAUGACUAAUAAUAAAAAAAAAAGAUUAUUUUUUUCAUUCACUAUAAAAUUAUGACUAGAUAUGAAUGUGCUCCAGGUUGAUAACACAUUUUUGCUGAGAAAAAGAUGCCGUUGAAAAUUUUUACUGCAGUAUUUUAUUCUUUCAAAGCUGUGUUUGUCUUGUGGGCUUCAGGGUGUGUGUGGUUGUUGGAUAUUUAAGGGUGUAUUUCACCUUAAUCUCAGUUUUUAAAAUUGUACUCGUGACUACAAAUCUCCAUCAGAUGCAGAACUACCAAAAAUAAAUCAUAAUAAGUACUAUUACACCAAAAAUAAAUCAGAAAGGCACAUAAAUUACUAAGCUUACUGUACUGGAAAGUGGUUUGCUUCCACUGUGAAUAAAACUGGUGUAAUUAAACUGGAUUUACAGUCUAAUACUGGCUUCAGAAAAAAACCCACCCAACCCACCAACCCACUCCCCCAAACUGACCCCAAACCAAACUCAUUAGGAAUGGACAAAUGUAAAUCUUCAAGAAGAGAGCACUGAAGUUUAGAGGAAGCUUUGCCUCCCUUUUACCUGCCACUCAAAUCUAAUCAUAGGAAUUGAUCAGACUGAAGUAAACGUCAGUGAAGGGUGUUUGUCAUCUUAUGGCAUCCACAUUUUCUCUUGUGGAAAUGUUGCUUGUACAGGCAAAAGAGGAACUUCUGGUUUCUGCGUUGCCAGCCAAAUGUAUCUACCCUAGCCCUCUAUUAUGUAAGGAAAGAAAUAUAUUUGGUGUUUUCAAGCUAGGUCCUAGUGAAUACGUUUCUAUUUACUAUCAAGAUUGUCUCAAAUUCUCAUGGCAAAAAGAACAAAUAAAGGGUUAUGUUUGCUAUGUCUCGGUCUGAGACUUUAAGGCAAAGAAGAAUAUUGUGGUAUAACUGGGGGAUUUCCAAUACUGCUAUUCAAAUACCUUACUCUAAAAAUUAUAAUACCAACUUAAGUGUUCCUGCAUUUUUAAAAAAUGCUGAAGGAAUUGUUUUAUUAGAAACAUCUCUGUGAUUCAGGAGUGAUGCUGCUGAACCCGGAACACUGUGUGGGGAGCUAUGUGUCACAGCAUGAAAGUAAUCCCAAAUUCUCUUACUGAUGCAUCUCAGAGACCACCUUAGAAAUCACAGUGUAUAAGGAUCUAGGUGUGCUUUAUUUCUUUUCCAUCUCCUUGCCUGACUUCCAUUUCUGCUGCUGUAAUUGCAGUCUGAUCUAAAAUAUUUGCAGUUUUAGCCUGCAAACUUCUUCAUUCAGCUCGCACUAGUUCUUGAAAACAAUGUUACCAAGUUGGAUAGUGAUUUUUAGAGUAGAAUUCAUAUCUCUAUUAGCAAUGCUGACAUUUCUGAUUCAUGUUACACAGAACGGCAAGGUCCAAAGGUGUAUGGACUAUGCAUUGAACUGGGGAUGGAGAUUCAAAGUACUACAUGCUUCCUCCCUGGGUGAAAUCUGAAAAAUGUUUAUUCAUGUAGAGUUUGGGAAGCCUUUAUUUAUUUAUUUGUUCAGCUGAAACUGUGGUGAUGUUUACUAAUUACUGACACUGCUCAACUGUGAACAGCUGCUUGGCACAUUUGGCACAUUUUCAAUCCGUAUGUCUAAAUGUUGUCAAGCACUAAUGAAAUCUGGACAGCAAAAACCCUGCUGAUUUCCACACCCCUCUCACCAGUAGAUGGCCUUGGUCACAAAGCUGUAGUCCUGGCAUUAAUGGAAGAGUGAGAGGGAUAAAGAAUAAAAUGCUAGAGGCAUUGAUUCUCAUUUAAGUGCUAUUUAAAUAAUUUAAACUUGUCUUAUUAAAAAGUCUUGAUAUUCUUACAGGCUUUCUUCGGGUCAACGAUAGUGUCUUCUGUUCU